AUGAACAUGAUGUACGAUAGACCAAGUCAAUAUCAUCACUACCUACCACCACCUAAUAACCAUCUGCACUCGCCGCCACAAAACGAGGCCCAACACCAACAGCAGCAACAGCAAGCGCAAUAUGGACAAGCAGCUCCUGUUGCGGCAAACGCAAGCUAUUUACCGGGAAUGGCUCAUCAUAAUCAGAGUACUUUCCCUCCCUAUCAAGUGGAGCAUCCCCAAUUUACCCAGCAAGUGGCUCCUUAUGGCUAUCAACAACAUCCAAGUCCUUACUAUGGGGCUCCACAGGGACCCACUGCCUGCAAAUAUGCAUCAACUUUUGCAAACACGCCAUCAAAUAUACACCUUUCCUAUACAGCCAACACUACGAGCCAGGAAAAUAACAGUAACAGUCAUAACACACCCAAUAGGCGCGGGCCAUGGUCUCCGAUGGAAGACAAGAAAUUGCUUGAGCUUAUAUCUUUAUAUGGAGCAACUAACUGGGUGAGAAUUGCCAAUACUUUGGAAACGAGGACUCCCAAGCAAUGUCGAGAGAGAUACCAUCAAAAUUUGAAACCUAGUUUGAAUAGAGCCCCAAUAUCAGCUGAAGAAGGAGAAUUGAUUGAAAAAUUGGUGGCUCAAUAUGGGAAGAAAUGGGCAGAAAUAUCUCGUCAUUUGAAUGGAAGAUCAGAUAAUGCUAUCAAAAACUGGUGGAAUGGCGGUGCUAACAGGAGGAGAAGAGCCAGUUUGGCCACCACAACAGCAACCAAAACAACAGGUACAGAUACAGGUACAGACACAGGUACAGACACAGGCACAGACACAAGUGCAUACACAAACACGACUGACGGAUUGAUUAAACCUCAUGACUCGAUUCUGCAACAGGAACAGAAGCAACUACAAGAACCCAAUCUCAACUUCACCGAUAAAAAACCAAAAGCUGCUUCGAUUUUACCACAACCACCACAGCCGAACUCUCUACAUCAGAGGCACUACAUGCCUUCUGCAAUGCAAGUAUCAUCUAGCGCAUCCAGCAUGACUAACGCAUACUCAUCGACAAACAACACUCCCAACAAGUUACUCAAUUCAAGCUCUGUUAGUGAUAUACACAUACCGCAAAUUUCAUUCAACACUUCAAUGUUUGGCGGUGAGGGUGAGACAGAAGCAAGUGAUGUCAAAAAGCUACCUAGUAUAACCGAUUUCGCCGCUGGUAAAUCACCGCUUAUACCUGGUCUAAUGAAAUCAAACGAGAUCAGAUCAGCCAGUUUUGACGUCGGUUCGAUUUCUAGAGAAUCUGUAGCUGGUGCUGCCUCGGGUGGCGGCGCCAAGUUGUUGAUGCCGUCGUCGGCCACUGCCUUUGCUACUGGUGCCGGUACAGCUACCACUACAUUACCACCCAUUUCACAUAGCAACAAGAGACGCUUAAUAGAUGACGCGACAAGUAACACCGGUCGCCGGCACUCAAGUGCACAUUCCAUGUUAGUUCAAGCACAUGUCAAUGGAUCGCAUUCACACCUACCUCACAACUUGCUUCACCAUUCACCAGUACAUGGACUUGGACAUGGCCGCAGUCGUGGUCAAAGUCAAAGUGGUAACGUCCUGCCAUCGUAUCGUGGGUCUCCAUUGAACACAGCUACACAUGUCUCAAGAAAUAACUCAGUGACCCAUUUUGACUUGCUGAACAACACCCAUAAUGGGAUUUCAGCACCCAAUAGCGACCACCAUAAUAAUUCUGCAUUGAGGGGAGUCCCAUCAUCACCCGGCUCAACAGCAAACAGUUUGUCGUCUAGACGCUCGAGCUUAUUUGUUUCCGACAUGGCACAUUCGUCGUCAGUGGGUACUAAAACCAGCAUGGAUUACUUGUACAACAGCAGCUUCAGCAAUUCCACUUCACACAAACGAAACUCCUCGCAAAACUCAUCAUUCAAUUCGCCUUUGUUUACUCCGUCCACAAGAUUUUCCGUCUCGUCAACCACAUCCUUAAUGAAUCCUCCUUUGGGAAGUACCACUAGUACCUCGCCCAAACAGAAGCACAAUGAGUACAGCAAGAAUAAAAGUGGCAACAGCGCAAGCGCUAGCGGUCAUCAUGCAUUUGAUCCAAAAGAGACAAAUGCCAGCAGUGAGAUUGCAGGAAAUGCAACUGACCACGGUGCCACUACUCCUGGUGGCGAUGUGGAAAUGAGUACCGAAGGCGCGGAGCAAUAUAAAGAUGGCCAAGUUAGCGACAACAAUUCCACACCAAAGACUUCCUAUCAUCAACAUGUCAGUGCUGGCCCUGAAACGAGCAAGUCUCCUGAAUCUUUGGAGAAUAGGAAAAUGUCAGUAGCUGCGCUACUUGAUUAA